CUUCUUGUCGGCUGCUGUAAAACUUGAGUGUGUGUACAAUUUCCUGUUUUGACAAAGAAAAUCGCAUUUUUACUAUGGACUAGAAUAUAAUUCUGGAUCUGUUCAAGAUGAGAUUUUUAGGUCAGAUUCUUUGCCAAAAAUGUAUCCAGCCACUAAAAUGCGAUGUGCUAUCAAUUUCGUGGAUGUCACAAAUAUCAUGUCUACAGAAUUUUAAUAGAAGAAUUUCUGUUUCUAGUGAAACCAACAGUUUGCAAAAUGGAAGAAUACAGUUAUCAGAAGAAGUAUCACAAGCUCUAUCAGACUGUAAACCUGUAGUUGCUCUAGAAAGUACAAUAAUAACACAUGGCAUGCCAUAUCCUCAAAAUUUACAGACAGCAUUAGAAGUAGAAGAAACAGUACGUGAUAAUGGUUGUAUACCAGCUACUAUUGGUGUUAUUGCAGGCCAAGUCCAUGUUGGUUUAGAUCAAACCAAUAUGGAACGAUUGGGUUCUGCAACAAGAGAUUUAGUGAAGAUUUCCAGACGAGAUCUCGCUUUUGCAAUGUCAAAGAAGUUAAGUGGUGGUGCAACUGUAUCUAGUACUAUGUUGAUAGCUAAUCAAGUUGGUAUUGAUGUAUUUGCUACUGGAGGUAUAGGAGGUGUCCAUAGAGGUGCACAACACACUAUGGAUGUAAGUGCUGAUUUAACAGAAUUAGGUAGAACUCCUGUAGCAGUGGUGUCUGCUGGAGUUAAAUCUAUAUUAGAUAUAGAAAAAACUCUAGAAUAUUUGGAAACCCAGGGUGUUUGCGUUGCUACGUUUGGUAAAGAUAAAGAUUUCCCAGCAUUCUUUACUCCAUCUAGUGGUCUUCGGGCACCAUUUAAUGUCGACAAUGAAAUCCAGGCAGCUGAGUUGAUUUACGCAUCACAAUAUGAGUUAAAACUAAAGAAUGGUAUAUUAAUUGGUGUUCCGAUACCAGAAAUAUUUGCUGAUGCUGGAGAAGAAAUAGAAGAAGCUAUACAGAUAGCUAUCAAAGAAUCCAGAGAGAAGAAAGUGGUAGGAAAAGAAGUAACGCCAUAUAUAUUAAAACGAGUUCAUGAAUUAACACAUGGUGGAUCUUUACAAGCUAAUAUUGCUCUCAUUAAAAACAAUGCUGUGGUAGGAAGUAAGGUUGCCUGGCAACUCAAUAAACUGAUCAACAAUAAUAAAAAUGUACCUGAUACGACCGGUCGUUCACAUGUCAUCAGGAAGAACAACUCUAGUAGUGCUAAGAAAAAACGUCCAGUUGUUAUUGGUGGUACCGUUGUUGAUUUUAAUGCUAGAAUGAAACACACAGAUAUACAGUCUAAUGGUUCAACUAAUCCUGGAAGUAUACAGCAAUCAUUUGGUGGAGUAGGAAGAAAUCUAGCUGAUUGUUUAAGUAGACUUGGUGCUCAACCAUUGUUUAUAUCAGCUGUAGGAGAUGAUUCUCAUGCUGAUACAUUUAUAUCACAUUGUCAACACAUGGAUUUACGAGGAGUACAAAGAUUAAAGAAUAAUUCAACUGCUACAUAUUGUGCUGUUUUAGGUUUUAGUGGUCAGUUACAACUGGGUAUAGGGGAUAUGGAUAUACAUCAACAGAUUACUCCUAAAAUGAUCUGUGAAUAUGAAGAUGAUAUUAAAGAGGCUGCUAUGGUGAUACUAGAUGGUAAUAUAUCAACAGUUGCUAUAGAAACAGCUUGUGAUAUCAGUUCACAAUAUAAUGUUCCAGUGUUUUUUGAGCCAACUGAUAUAUUAAAGGCCGGUGAAGUUUUUGAGACAGAAGCCUAUAAAAAACUAAUGUAUACAUCACCAAAUAUAAACGAAUUACAGAUAAUGAGUGGCGCUCUACAAGAUUCUCCUAAAACAUCUUCAGAUCUAUAUAGUGUUGAAGACCGGUGCCUUGAUGAUGUCAUCAACUUCUGUUUACCACAUGGUCUACGAUUGGCUGAAACAGUUCCUGUUGUCUUGGUAACUCUUGGUAAACAUGGUGUUCUGCUGUUUCAACAUGGGAAAGAUGUUAUACAAGUUAAACAUUAUCCUGCUGCUCAGCUUGACAAUAACCCUGUCAGUGUUUCUGGUGCUGGAGAUUGUUUUACUUCGGCGUUUAUAAAUGGAGUGAUUCAAGGUCUAGAUGUUGACAGUUGUAUUAGAGUUGGAUUGGAUGCUGCUAAACUAUCCUUGUUAUCCAGAGAGGCUGUACCUAAAACAAUUACUCCUCAUAUUUUCUCACAGUCCUGGAUUAAAUCUUUAUCAGGAUUGAACCCAAAGUUAAUCCGACCAGAUUUCCAGAAAAAUCCACAACCUUUAAAAUCUCUAUCUGUUAAUAUUUAGAUUUGUUAUCAGAUUUGUUAUUGGAAUUAAUAUGACAUGAAUUAUGCAGUAUAUCGAUAAUAUCUUUAUACUGAAAUUAAUGAUCAUUGCAUUAUGCAGAGGAUAUCUGUAAUCAUUGUGUAUUGAAAUUAAUGGUUCAUGAAUUACACAGUUCAUCCAUGAUAAUUAUGUAUUGAAAUUACUGGUUCAUGAACUACACAGUAUAUCCAUGAUAAUUGUGUAUUGAAAUUACUGGUUCAUGAAUUACACAGGAUAUCUAUAAUAACUGUGUAUUGAAAUUAAUAUGUCAUGAAUUACACAGGAUAUCUAUAAUAAUUGUGUAUUGAAAUUAAUAUGCCAUGAAUUACAAAGUAUAUCAAUGAUGAUUGUGUAUAGAAAUUAUUAUGUCAUCAGUUACACAGAAUAUCUGUAAUAUUGUGUUCUGAAAUUAAUAUGUCAUGGAUUACACAGAAUAUAUGUAAUAAUUGUGUUCUGAAAUUAAUAUGGCAUGUAUUAUGAAGGUAUAUCUAUAAUAAUUGUGUAUUAAAAUUAAUAUGGCAUGAAUUACACAAUAUAUCUAUAAUCAUUACGUUAUGAAAUUAAUAUGGCAUGAAUUACGCAGAGGAUAUCUAUAAUAACUGUAUAUUGAAAUUAAUAUGUCAUGAAUUAUGCAAUAAUAUUUUUACAUUUGUUUUGUACCAAUACUUUUAUCACACAAAAUGAAAUCCUGAGACCAAAUAGUUAUUAUUACACUGACAGUAUUUUUAUAUAAAUAAUUUACACCAAUUAUCUAAGUCAUUGAAUUACUUAAGUCAUUAAAUUAUCUAAGUCAUUAAAUUAUCUAAGUCAUUUAUAAUUUGAUGCCAACAAUGAUUCAGUAAAGAAUCUAUUUUGUUAUGUUUCUGAUUUAAUUGAUUAGGCCAAAAUAAAAAAUACCUAUGUUUAUGGUUACCCGGCCAACCCUAAAUGUUUUCCCUGUACUUGUCUUGACUAGUUUUCAGUGGACAAAUUCCAACACUCGCUGACGUGUCUAUAUUAUUUUCCAGAACCUUAAUCAGAAAUGCUAGGGGUGGCUAAGUGGGUAAGACGCUGGCUCACUAGCCUGGAGGUGGCAUGGUUGACCCCUGCAUUGGCCGAGAAAGUUCCAUCGGGAUUUUUCCAAUGUGGUUUCCAUUGUCAGUGGAUGGGACAAAAAAUCAAGGCCCUAUGUACACACUGACGUGCAAGUAAAUGAUCCCUUUGCAGUUGGAAUUCGAUAUAAGAGUAGUCCAUAGUGCGGCUGCCCAGGCAAAAUUUCCCUCAUAGCACACUGUAUGGCAUAUGUCCAUCUUCAAUAGCCCAGUCGGAGUAGGGUGUUAAACCUCAUUUCAUUUCAUUUCAGUAAAUACUAGAAAACAGAUAAUAUAAACACUACGAAAGAAAUAUAUAUUUUUUCUGACUGACCCAACCCUAUUGUUUUGAGCCAAGUAACCAUAAACACAUGUAUUUAUUUUGUUGGCCUUACACCAUUGUUGAUUUUAUGUAAAUCCAAAAUAUAUUUAGUGGACAAAUACAUACACAGUAAAGACCAAAGCAUUAUUUUAAUAUUUUAUAUUCUCACCUGACAAUGUUACCCAGGUAUCAUUUAACCUUGUGUAUCUAGCAUUAUUUCUGUCACUUUCGAUUAAUAUCAAAUCUUUGUUUAAAAAUCAUUCAAAAUCACCAAAAAUCAUCUAAUUUGUACUCAGUCCAGUUUAAAGCUGACCAUUCGAUUUUUAUAAUGAGUGUCCAAUUUACAAGCGUUUUAUUUCUUGAUUACUGUUAAAAAAUAAACAACCCAAUUGAUUAAUGAUGUAUAAUGAUUAAUUUUUGAACAGUGAUCAGGAAAUUAAAUACUUGUAAAUUGGACACUCAUUAUUUAAAUUAAUCAGUCAGCUUUAAACUGGAGACAAGUACAAAUUAGAUGGUUUGGGGUGAUUAGUGCUAGAUACACAAGAUUAGAUGAUACCCGGGUUACAGUGGAACAGCUCACUGUAUAUUUAUGCACUUAUAGAGGGGCUUUAGCUAUAAAUAUAGCCUGUACAAAAAAUAUAUCUAUAAAUAUAGCCUGCACAAUAUAUUUUGUAUAACUAUAAAUAGCCUACACCAAGCCAUAUUCUUUUUUAAAAAUUCUUUUAUGAGAAUUUAGACUAUGAAUAGAUCACAUUCAUGCAGUUAAAGAUGUUCUUUUGACAACUGAGCUCAUGGUUAUAUAACCACCCAUGCAUGUUUAAACUACUUUUUUCAUAGAGUUUUUAGAACCUGGUUAGUCACAUAUCUUGUAUAAUAUCUAAUAUUGAUAUACAAAAGACAGUAAACACACAGUUUUUAUACGCCCCUGUACAUCUGUUAUGGACACUCUACAAGUCACAAUUUUUAUCCAAUUUUGACCAAACUUGAAAUAUAGGUUUAUCUCCCAAAGAUCUCGGUUCCGGUCGAAUUUGGCAUGCAUCAGACUGUAACUUCAUGGAUUAUGGCACCUGAUUGUACGAAAAAUCAUGUUAGCUUGUGGACACUCUAGAGAUCACAAUUUUUAUUCGAUUUUGAUGAAACUUGAAAUGUGUGUUCAAUUUUGAUGAAACUUGAAAUGUGUGUUUAUAACCCAAAGAUUUUGGUUCCUUUUGAUAUUCGUUAAUAUCGGACCAUAACGUCCUGGAUUAUGACCCCUGAUUGUACAAAAAAUCACUUUUUUUUUUUUUAGCUUCUUCUCUAUCCAUCUUUUGCAAAAUGUGGGCGUAUAUUGCACGGCAACCGCUGGUUAGCACAAUAUUUUAUAAUCUGGUGGUUUUCUAUCAUGGUUUAUAAACCACUGUUAAAUUAUCUAUGUUCAUGCCAGUUGGUUAGACGUUCAGGCAAGGAAAUUGGGUAGAAGUUCAAGCACGGCAGGGUGCUUAUUUCAAUACGAAAAAUUUAUAAUUCUAGAUUUGUAUUAGGGUUCUUCUCCGCUCACAUCUCAGCCUUGCAUUUGGCUAAAUCUAUUUGUUAAGGCCAGCUCAAUUUUUGUCAAGGUCACUGAAAUGUAAAUAAGGUUAGGACAUGUGAUUGUUGGUGAGAUUGUAGGUUAGGGUUAGGGUAAGUAUUAGGGCUAGGUCCAGGGUUAGGGUUGUGAUUAGCACAAGCCCUGUUUACAUCUCGUGAGCAUUGACUGAACUUGAAGUUGACCUUAUCAAAUAGAACUAACCCUUGGAUUUGGGCAAUACUGCAAAUGACAUCCCAAAUGGGCUAGUAUGGUUGUUUUCAUAACCAGUCUGUUUCAUUGAAAUCCAUUAUAAAUAGCUAGAUCUAUUUCUUAAGCCACCUCCAGUUUUCAUCAAGGUCGCUGAGAUGUCGCCAAGGUUAGAGCAUGUGAUUGUUGAAGAGAUUGUGGGUAAGGGUUAGGGCUAGGUCCAGGGUUAGGGUUGGGAUUAGCACUAACCCUGUUUACAUCUCCCGACAUUUGACCAAAUCAGGAGGUGACCUUAAGAAAAAGAUCUAACACCAUUAUAAAUAUCACACAUCAAUUUGCACUCGUUUCCCAGGGACCAAUCUAUACAAUGUUUUUAUUGUACAGCAUUAUAAUUUUUAAUGAUUUAAAGAUGGGUUCCCGCGUACAAACUGGGUGAUUUAAUGGUAUAUAUGGACUAAAAACAUAUUCAAACUAAUUAAUUUGUCAUAAUUAUGCUUCAAAUCCUUCUCAUACAUUGUAAUUGCGAAGGAAUGCCCUGCUAUUAAAAUUCGAUCAAACCAGGUCAUAUUUACGUCACGUCUUGGAAAUCAGAGGAGAAUUCAUUGCAUACAUAAGACGAUGUUGUCUAACUCUUCAUAAAGUUUAUCAACUUGUACAUCAAGUGCUCAAUGCUCGCGUGUGACCUUUGACAUUACGCGUGCAGAAACUCUUAAUAGUCGGGCUGUUGAUUAGGGGAACCCUUACAUUUUUGUCCUGUAUACGCUCCAUGAGUUUUUUUCGGGGAAUCCAGUAUUUUUCUAGUAAGAUUGGAUAUCUCUACCUUCCAUAUAUACCAAAAUUGCCAUACUUUUAUUGGAAAUAACCACCCGAUAAAUACUUUUCUGGGAACCCAUCUUUAACUGCCAACCAAAUCAAUCCAUGAAAUAAAUUUAUGAUUCAAGAAG